ACGAGGGGAUGAAAGAGAGAGGGGAGGGAGCAUCGCAGGACAAUACACAUACAUAUAUAUAUAAAACCCACGAAACACAGAACCAGAAAGCACAACAGCGACACAAUGAAGUCUUUCAGCUCUGUGACCGGAUCGAUGCUUCUUCUCCUACCAGUAUAUCUGGCUGGCUUUUUAAUUUCAACACCCUCAGCAGAAGCCUUAGAGUGUGGGAGCCCUGUUCUGAACUCCAGGAUCGUGGGCGGCACGCCAGCGGAGGUGGGCUCCUGGCCGUGGCAGGUCAGUCUGCACUUAUCAGGGUCACACGUGUGCGGAGGAUCUCUCAUCUCUGCCGACUGGGUCCUGUCUGCCGCUCACUGCUUCGAAGGCAACAGUGACCCCUCCCUUUGGACGGUGGUCCUGGGUCAGAUUGACCUGUCCAGUCUGGACCCCAGCGGGAUUUUGAAUGGGGUGCAGAGGGUCAUCGUGCACCCUGCCUUCAAUUCACAGACCAUGGAUAAUGACAUGGCCCUACUAGAGCUGAACAGAUCUGUGACCUUCACCGAAUACAUCAUGCCAGUGUGCCUGGCCGAAUCAUCCAGUACCUUCUACACUGAUACUGAGUGCUGGGCUACGGGGUGGGGUGCCACUGCAGAGGGAGUGCCCCUGCCGCAAAACGAUACAUUGCGAGAGGUGACUCUGCCUAUUAUCGGGAACCAGCAAUGUGGCUGCCUGUACGUGAGCGAGGGAGAGAUCACCGACAACAUGAUGUGCGCCGGGCUGCUGCAGGGGGGCAAGGAUUCAUGCCAGGGCGACUCUGGCGGUCCGCUGGUUUGUAAGCAGGGCUCCACUUGGGUGCAAGCGGGGGUGGUGAGUUUUGGGAUCGGCUGUGCCCGGGCCGGUUUGCCGGGUGUCUAUGCGCGGGUCUCCCAGUACGAGGCGUGGAUCCAGGCGUACACCGGCGAAGAAGUGGGGUUCGUCACAUUCCAGAGCACAGGACUGGAUCUCGAUACCUGCGCACUACUGGGUCCCCAGUAUGCAAUUAGUGCAGCAAACACAGCGACGUAUUCACUGCUUUUCAUGGCGCUUGUGUCAGUGAUUUGGUCAAUGUAAGCCACCGUCCCUGAUACAUACACAUGCACACAUUAUCACGAUCACAUACAUAUAUAUAGCGAUGGUCAAAAGUUUUGCAUCCCCCUAUAUAAUUAACUAAUUUUGCUUCAUAAAGUCGAAUGAAACCUGCUGAAGAGUGUAUUUAAAUUCUGAUAAACUAUAUAAAUGUACGUUAUAGGUUGUUUUUUUUUUAAUGUCUUGAUUUUUAAAAUUCUAGGUGAAGCUAAAGUUUUGGCCACAGCUGUAGAUCGGCUUAUUGAUGUGUAUGUAAUUCCCCCC